CAUCCGCGUAGACGAUUCCUUCCUCUAAUUGUGGAACAACUUACCAACAAAGCGAAACGAAAAUUCAGUGAGUCGACUCAACUGCUCAGCACUCAGCAAUGGCGUCCACACUUCUGAAGCGAACGAGCUUCUCCGCAAUGAAAUCAGUGGUCGGAGGCUUCCAAAUCGGAGCUCAAUCAAGAGCCUACGCGGCCGCUGCAGUCGGGACCGACCUAGUCUCCGCCGCACCCAAUGUUUCCCUCCAGAAAGCUCGCACCUGGGACGAAGGCGUCUCCUCCAACUUCGCCACCACUCCUCUCAAAGACAUUUUCAAGGGCAAGAAAGUCGUCAUCUUUGGGCUCCCUGGCGCCUUCACCGGCGUUUGUUCUGUGCAACACGUGCCUAGUUACAAGAAGCAGAUUGAUAAGUUUAAGGCCAAAGGGGUCGAUUCUGUGAUUUGCGUAGCUGUGAAUGAUCCAUAUGUUAUGAAUGGCUGGGCAACCAAACUCGAAGCCAAAGAAGCUAUUGAGUUCUAUGGGGACUUCGAUGGGAGCUUCCACAAAAGCUUGGAAUUGGAUAAAGAUCUCAGCGGUGCCUUGCUUGGACAUCGCUCUCAAAGAUGGUCAGCAUAUGUGGUCGACGGGAAGGUGAAAACUCUAAAUGUGGAGGAAGUGCCAUCAGACUUCAAGGUUUCUGGCGGGGACGUCAUUUUGGGGCAGAUCUAGUUUUGAUAGUUAUUGAGACGACUUACACGGUGCUCGAUCCAUGAUGAGACAUGUCAUCCAUUUGUAUCCUUAAUAACUGAAUUCUGUUGAGUUUCGGCAUGAAGUUUUCGGAUGCUAUGGUUUUAGGGAACUUUAACGAAAAGCUUCUGGUACUGUUCAUUUUUAUGAAAAGCUCCUGGUUUGGGCCCUUUUCAUUAGCAUCUUUACCUUUGUUUCCUAGGUCAUAUUGGACCCGAGACCCCUACCAUAUAAUGCAAUCACAUUCUCCAGUCCAA